UCACACGUUGUUUAUAGGUUCAUAAUCACGCACGGUUCUCAAUCUUAACUUCAAUAUUACUCUAUAAAUUGUUUGCUCCCCGGGAUUCUGGAGGAAUUAUUCGGUUCGUUGGUUUAAAACAGACAAUAGCAAAUCGCUGCAGUGCAAUGCGUUACGGUCAGUUGGUGAUGGGACCCGCCGGAAGCGGUAAGUCCACUUAUUGCGCCACAAUGCAGCGGCAUGGCUACGACGACAAACGGUUGAUCAAAGUUGUCAACCUGGACCCGGCGGCAGAAUCCUUCGAGUACCAACCGUUUAUUGACAUACGUGAUUUGAUUCAGCUGGACGAUGCUAUGGAAGACGAGGAACUGAGUUAUGGACCAAAUGGCGGGCUGGUGUUUUGCAUUGAAUAUUUACUGGAGAAUUCUGACUGGCUGAGAAAUCAGCUGUGCGGCGUAGGAUCGGAUGACGAAGAAGAUGGAGCGGGUGUUGAAGAACCAGAUGAUGAUUACGUACUGUUCGAUAUGCCUGGUCAGAUCGAACUGUACACACAUUUACAAGCAGGAAAACAAUUGGCCAAACUGUUGGAAUCCUGGAAUUUUCGGCUCUGUUCAAUUUUUCUAAUAGAUUCUCAGUUUAUGAUUGAUGGAUCGAAGUUUUUAUCCGGAACGAUGGCAGCGUUAAGUGUUAUGGUUAACAUGGAGUUACCUCAUGUGAAUAUUCUCAGCAAAAUGGAUUUGCUAAGCAAAACGAGCAAAGGUCAAUUGGAUAAGUACCUAGAACCGGAUCCUCAGGCUUUGCUGGGUGAAGUUACGAACGAAUCUUCGUGGGGCAGGAAGUACCGGAAGCUGUCAGAAACCAUCGGGCUGCUUAUCGAAGACUUCAGUUUGGUUCGUUUUACCCCGAUGAACAUUAAUGACGAAGAAAAUAUUGCCGAUUUGUUGCUGAUGAUUGACAACGUUAUCCAGUAUGGGGAAGAUGCGGAUGUUAAAACGAGAGACGACUUUGAUCCACCCGAGCCGGAUGAUUGUGGUGACGAUGACAGUAGAUACUACCACGAUUAGGGAAAAAAAUUAUGCCAUGGGCUGUUAAUUGACCGUGAUGGUUGCUUUAUUUUCUCAUCAUUCUUCAUGUUUCAUGUUUCGGAACAAUUUCAUAUUUACAUCAUGUUUGUUUUGACACAAUUUUUAGAUUCUUGUUUAAAAUCGUUUAAAAGGGUUCGAUGAUCCCACAAGAUAUUGAAUAAAUAUUGUUUAAAUAUGUUGUUGCUUACCUUUCACAUGA